GGCCUUGAUUGGGAUAUCAGGCGCGAAAUCCGAAUGUGCUGCUGAAUGUUCUGUCAACUUAAGCGUGGUGAUAAUUCAUGGCUUCUCACCUCUGGUGAUUCGAUUCCUGGACUCGGCAUCACRAACAUGUGAGUCGUAGAGUUUGUUUAGGCAAGCACUAACCCUAGAAGUAAGCUUUCCAUUUUUUUUCCAUGCAGUUCAUGACAAGAACAAAUCGAAUAAUGGUUAAUCAACUCCUGCUCGGUUUUCUCCUGACUUUGACAGCAUUUCAUUCAGCAAUGGGUGCUGGAGUCGUGUACAAUUAUCAUUCAUCUGACGUUACAUACGGUCCUUCUGGCUGGGAUAAGACUUACCCGCAAUACUGCAAUGGCUCCAAACAAUCACCGAUCGACAUCGAUACUUUAAAGACCAACUAUGAUUCUACUCUUAGUUCUUUUACUUUGAGCGGUUUUAAUAGCACACCAGCCGGAGCUCGAUUCUCCGCCAGGAACAAUGGUAAUUCCUAUGGAAUUUUCUUUACACCCAAUACGUUCUCAGUGUCURGAGGAGGACUGAUCGGUAGCUUCUCUACUCACAAUAUUCACUUUCACUGGGGUGGCGACAACAACAAGGGAUCUGAACAUACCGUAGAUGGAAAGAAGUAUCCGGCUGAGGCUCACUUUGUUAACAUCAACACCAAGUACGCAAAUGUUUCAGAGGCUUUGAAACACGCAGAUGGAAUUGCAGUUUUGGGGACGUYGCUUCAGGUCGGGGAUGAAAAUCCAGCUUUGACAAGCCUUUUGAAAUACACGGCAAACGUGUCCAUACCAUCGAGACCAGAUAUUGAGAACAUCACCUUGACUCACACACUGGCUUCUCUCUUACCACCAAACAUCACGGAUUUCUACCGGUACAGCGGUAGCCUCACCACACCUGCUUGCGCGGAAGUUGUCACCUGGACUGUGUUUAGGAACCCCGCUAACAUCAGUGCCAAUCAGUUGACUAUGCUCCGAAGUCUAAUGGAAUCUGACAACACCACGUCUCUGGUAAACACAUUCCGUGCCGUUCAACCAAUCAAUUCACGAGUCGUGAAGUCAAGCUUCAAGCCUUCUUUAAAAGGCCCAGAUAAUAGUGCUUAUCACGUGACAAACACCUUGACAACCAUUGUCUCUGUUGUCAUGUCAAUGGUUUUGUGUCUCCACAGCUUGUUUUAAGUGCUUUCGUUUGUAGGGCGUUUAGUUUUCAAAUCGCAAUUUUCGCAUAUUUUUUAAACCUGUUUAAACAAUAGGACGUUUGCAUGAUGGCGUAAUUUUACCCCCACUUCCCACUUAUGAGAAUACUAAGACAAUUGGUGCUAAUUAGAAGAAAGUGUACAAGGAAGUCUGGUAGCGGAGAUCAAUGACGCCAUCAUGCAAACAUCCUAUUACUUUCGCCUCUUAGGAGCUGAGCAUGCGGACUAGAAAGAAAGUUGUUGAAAUAAAACCUUGUUCAUACUAGCGUCUCUCACUCAAAAACUACGCAUAUUUUUUCAAAACGUGUUAAAAUGUCUUUAGCCACUUUUGGGCAAAAAGUACGGUAUAUAGCCCAUGUUUUUCAUCGACUUUGGGCCAUUUCCAGACCUUUUCAAAAAAUAUCCAUUAUUCAUGAAGGAUGCAGAUUAGGUCAUUUCUGGCCAUUUUUCGGCAAAAAGCAUGGACUUUAGCCUAUAGUUUUGAUGGAUUUUGGGUCAUUUUCACACCUUUUCAAAACAUAUGCAUAAUUUCUGGAAGAUGCAAAAUAGGUCAUUUUUAGCCAUUUUGGGCAAAAAGCAUCCACUAUAGCCCAUGGUUAUCAUCGAUUUUGGGCCAUUUUCACACCUUUUAAAUAAAUAUGCAUAAUUUAUGGUAAAUG